AUGGUAAGUAGUCUAUUUUCGCUCAAGGCGAAGGUUGGUAUAGGUCUACUUUUGUCAUAUACCUCAUUCGAGGUUUACAUGCAUCUAAGGACAAAACAGAUUAUAUCGCAAAGGAAACAGGAAUAUGAGAAGUUCAGUAAUUCUUUGGAUACAAAUUCUAUAGAUAAAGAUGUUGAUUUUAGCAAAUUCAAGUCGGCUAUGGUUGCUGGUAUGUUUGUUAAUCCUUUUGAUGAAUAUAGGCCACAGACUGCCUUUGAAUUUGUACUUGUUCGAAUAAUGGAAGCAUUCGAAAGUCUUUAUGGGAAUCUGAUUGAAUUGCAUAGGAAGGUAACCGAAGAAGGUGCUAGUGAUGUCGAAGGAGUGUUGCAGUCAUAUAAGCCUGAUCUAGAAUUAAUCAGACAAAAUUCAAUAUUAUUUCAAGAAUGCAUAAAUAAAAAUAAUUUCAAGAACUUAGCAAGUACAUAUAAUGGAUGGCUUAAUGUUUUUCCCACAAACUCCCUACCACCUUUAGGGCAACAAAUGAUAUUCACUUGGUUAGGACAAUCCUGCUCAUUAGUGCAAAUUUCUGGUAUAAACUUCUUAACAGACCCAAUUUUAAGUAAGCACCUAAUAGCUGAGUCUUUCGGCCCGAAGAGAUUAAUAGAAUCUUCAAUGUCAUUUGAAGAUAUCAAAUACGCUACCAAUAACAACAUAAACUUUACAUUGGUAUCGCAUGAUCAUCCAGACCAUUUAGAAAUGAAUGUUGUUAGGAAAAUUGGCAAUUCUACUACUUGGAUCUUACCAUUGGGAUUAAAAAAGAAGUUUGCUAGAAACGGCAUAUAUAACGUUAUUGAAAUGGAUUGGUGGGAUUCCGUACCAUUAAACCAGUACAUAAGUAAUGAAGCUAAUUUGGCAGAUAACUAUGAGGUGGUAUGUGUCCCAGCUAUGCAUUGGUCUGGAAGAUACAUUUUUGAUUCGAAUACCACGUUAUGGUGUUCAUAUAUAAUAAAGCGUAACGGACAAGCACUAUUAUAUCAUGCGGGUGAUACGGGUUAUCUGAAGGAACUAUUCAAAAUUAUCGGUGCAAAGUACUCGCCAAUAAAUUUGUCUUUAUUGCCUAUAGGACAAUACUGUCCGUCAUGGCAUCAGAAACCAAGACAUAUUUCGCCUCAGGAGUCACUACAAAUCUGUGAAUGCGUCUCUUCAAAAUUCAUGAUGGGUAUCCAUUGGGGGACUUUUAAGCUUAGUAGUGAACCUAUCCUAGAGCCAAAGCAUUUAUUAGAAAAAUAUGCAGCCAUUAUGGGGAAAUCUGAUAGCUAUAGAGCACCACAUUUAGGAUUAACUUACGUUUACGAUUUAGAAAAAAACAGUAUUAAAGAACGCUGA